CCCCGUGACCCUUGAAUUUCUGUCCCGGAGCCGCGCACAGCCUAUGGUUCCCAGAACUGGCCGUUCCGUGUUGUCCACCCUUCUCUGCACUCUUCGGGCUGCCCCUAUCGCCGCCAUGAGCACUGGCACCUUCCUGGUGUCACAGCCGCUCAAUUAUCGCGGCGGGGCCCGUGUGGAGCCCGUGGACGCCUCAGGCACCGAGAAGGCGUUCGAACCGGCAACCGGCCGUGUGAUAGCUACUUUCACAUGUUCAGGAGAAAAAGAAGUAGAUUUGGCUGUUCAAAAUGCAAAGGCUGCUUUUAAAAUAUGGAGUAAAAAAUCUGGCAUGGAGCGUUGCCGAAUCCUUUUGGAGGCUGCCAGGAUAAUAAGGGAACGGAAGGAGAAAAUUGCCACUGUGGAGACGAUCAACAACGGCAAGUCCAUCUUUGAGGCCCGCUUCGACAUCGACACUUCCUGGCAGUGCCUGGAGUACUAUGCAGGCUUGGCUGGGUCCAUGGCUGGUGAACACAUUCAGCUCCCAGGUGGAUCCUUUGGUUAUACCAGAAGAGAACCACUUGGGGUAUGUGUGGGAAUAGGAGCCUGGAACUACCCCUUCCAGAUUGCCUCUUGGAAGUCAGCCCCAGCUUUAGCUUGCGGUAAUGCCAUGGUCUUUAAACCCUCCCCCUUUACACCAGUUUCUGCAUUGCUACUGGCUGAAAUCUACACCGAGGCCGGCGUGCCUCCUGGGCUCUUCAAUGUGGUGCAAGGAGGGGCUGCCACAGGCCAGUUUCUGUGCCAGCAUCGUGACGUGGCCAAAGUCUCCUUCACUGGAAGUGUGCCCACUGGCACAAAGAUCAUGGAGAUGUCAGCCAAAGGAAUCAAACCUGUUACCUUGGAACUUGGGGGCAAAUCUCCGCUCAUCAUCUUCUCAGACUGUGAUAUGGACAAUGCAGUGAAGGGUGCCCUGAUGGCCAACUUCCUCACACAAGGCGAGGUUUGCUGUAAUGGCACAAGAGUAUUUGUGCAAAAAGAAAUUCUUGAUAAAUUUACAACAGAAGUGGUAAAACAGACCCAAAAAAUAAAAAUUGGAGAUCCUCUUCUGGACACUACAAGGAUGGGUCCCCUCAUUAACCGGCCACACCUAGAGCGAGUUCUGGGGUUUGUUAAACUGGCAAAGGAGCAGGGUGCUAAAGUGUUGUGUGGUGGAGAUAUCUAUGUACCCGAUGAUCCCAAGUUAAAGGAUGGAUAUUACAUGCAACCUUGUAUAUUAACUAAUUGCAGAGAUGACAUGACCUGUGUGAAAGAAGAGAUCUUUGGGCCUGUUAUGUCCAUUUUAUCAUUUGACACUGAAGCUGAGGUGGUAGAACGAGCCAAUGAUACCACUUUUGGACUAGCGGCUGGCGUCUUUACCAGGGACCUCCAGCGGGCUCACAGAGUGGUGGCAGAGCUUCAGGCUGGAAUGUGCUUCAUUAACAACUACAAUGUCAGCCCAGUAGAGUUGCCCUUUGGUGGAUACAAGAAGUCAGGAUUUGGCAGAGAGAAUGGCCGCGUGACAAUCGAAUAUUAUUCACAACUAAAGACUGUGUGUGUGGAGAUGGGUGAUGUGGAAUCUGCUUUUUGAAGGCCUGCAGGUGAAACCUGCUACAUGGCCAGCUGUGGAAAAAUGAGGAUCAUCACUCUUGGCAGAGGCUUGACAACUGGCAGCAUUUUAAACCCAGAAUUUUGAUCAUUCAGGAUAAGAGAACGGUUCAGUGUUAUUUUUCACCUCCCAAUCACUUUGAAAAUGUGUCUGCGUGCCUUUUAGAUACUAAUCAAGAAAGUUGUGAUUUCCUUUAAAGCAAAUUUUUGUGAAAUCUUUAAGAGCCAGGAACAGACUUCCAGAGAACAGGGAGCAGGACUAGGAUUAUACGUUUUCCAUACAUUUUGCUCACAGUUAAUGUUAAUUCUCUGGCUUAUUUAAAGAUCUUAUUCCUUUGUAGGUUGUUGGUAAAAUCAGAACAGAUGAUUUCUGCUCAUUGACGUUUUUUAAGCUAUGUCCUUUUGUCAUUCCAUUAAGGAAGCUGACAACUGGGAUUGGAAAGGGAUUAGGUAAUAGGUUAAAUUCUGUGUGAUGUUGACUCACUGUAGUAAGCACUUUUGUUACCAUUUGGCACUGCAAUAGAGAAAACCUAUCUUGGGUUCUUUUUUUUUUAAACUCAAGUUCUUGAACUACAGUCUGCUUUCUUACACCAGAAGAGUUACCUUUUAAAUGUGCCAAUGUAGUUUAAUAAAAUUAAAUCACAUCACUUUUAAAACUUUUA